GUGUCUUCAAUCAGGAGCUGCGCGCGCCGCGCCACGAGCAGGUGAACAGAGAGCAGCUUUCAGCAGGUUCGGAUCAGCUGAGCAGGUUCUGGACUGGUUCAGUCAGGAUGUCGAAGAACAGGAAGUCUCUGAAGAUGCUGUUCUCCAGGAGCGACCCGGGUCAGAACCGGGACCAGGUGGGCCGUUCCGUGCAGAACCAUGAGGAGGAGGAGGAGAGGAAGAGGUUCAGGUUCCCCAAGGUCCGGCUGAGGUCCAGAACCGGGUCUUCCUCUGACAGGUCAGCUGACGUCAGCCAUCAGCUUCACAGAGCUGCAGAGAACCAGGCUCAGCCCGUCUCCUCUCUGAAGAAGUCUUCUGUCUACUCCACCUCUCCCAGGUCAAAGGUCAAGUCACAGAACCCCGUGGACCUCCGUCACAUGGAUCCAGAUCAGAAGGACACAAGAAGACUCUUGAGUUUGUCUCAACCAGAGCUUGACACCAGCRGGAGCUUUGACAUCCCACCAGCUGUUCCUCUGGCCUCAGACCCAUCACAGUCCACCGUCUGUUUCCCAUCAAGCUCCCAGUCAGAACCUCAGAACCUUCUGACCAACAGCUGGGUCACAGAAACCCUGAGAGAUCCAUCUGCUUCAGUGUCUGAGGUGCAGCUGGACGACUCAGCUCCAACAGAGACAGAAGAGCUUCCUGUUCUGAAAGCUGUUCUUUCAGCUGGACCCCAGUCUGUCCCUGAUGGUUCUGGACUCCCACCAGAACCAACAUGGGUCAUGCCUGGCACCCUGGAUCCCAUGGCAGUCCACCAGGACCUGCCUGAUGGCAUCCUCACUACAUCAGCCGACACCAGCAGCACCUCAUCAUAUCACCUAGAUGGUCCUGAGCCCCUCCUGAUGAACCCUGGGUCCAACAGGACCGGUUCURUGUCAGGGGCUGACCCUCUUGGACCAGCUGCUUGUCAGGGACCCUCAGUGCCCCUAACUGAGAGAACAGGUCCUAGAACUGUAGCUCAGACCUCAGCUGUCAGGGAUCAGAGCCCUCAUCCAGCCUAUCAGGACUCAGGUUCUGCUCCAGAACCAAACCUUCACCAGGAACCACCGACCCAACCAACAGAAACCAGUCCCCCAGAAACUGGUACCAUGACUACAGCUGUCAGAGAUCAGAGCUCUCAUCCAGCCAAUCAGAACUCAGGUUCUGCUCCACUUGGAUCAGCUGAUUAUCAGGAACCUUCAGUCCUCCUCACUGAGAGAACUGAUCCUGGAUCUGAGACUGGACCUGGAACCCCAGCUGUCAGCAGGGAUCAGAGUUCUUGUCCCAUCAGUCCUGAAUCUGUGUAUGGAGCUCUGUACGAGACCCUGUUCCCCCAGAACUUUAGCUCUGAGCUUGUGUUGAGCCCUCUGACCCACAUGACUGUGGACCACCCUGUCUCUGAAACCCAAACCAGUACCCAGUCUCAGGAAGAAGAGCCACCCCACCUGUGGUCRCCUGACCCUGCUGCUGGUUCCUGUUCAGCUGACAUAAAACUGACCAGUUCUCCAGACCAGACCCCACGCUCCUCUGAGCUGCAGAUCCAGACCAGGUCUGCUCUGAACCAGACCUGUUCAGAACAGCUGGUCCAGCCCUGUCUGCAGGAACUGAAUCAGUCCUGUUUGGAGCUGGAGUGUCAGAGUCCAGGUCUGGUUUCUCUUCCUGUUCCUGGCUCGUCCCCAGGGACCGGAGCUCAGGUUCCUCAGUCCAGACGCAGAGCGGUCUUUGUCAGACAGGUGAUCACAGCUCCUGCUGACAACAUGAUCCCAGCCAAGGAUUCAGAGGUGAACCCCAACAAGGAGGGCUUCCCUGAGCCUUUGAGCCAGACCGAUGGCAGCAACGGACCUCUGAGUCCGUCUUACCUGAGCGUGGGAUCAGAUGAAGGCAGCACGAUGGAGGUUUACUUCAGCGCUCAGGAGGACAACGACAAAGAGAGCGAGGAGGAGGAGGAGGAGACGCUCCCUGUGGACAAAAGAGAGGAAGUGCUUGUACCUGAAGGAGGGAAAGACCUGCAAACAGGGGACAGACAGGAGAGACACCUGGGACAGGAGAGACACCUGGGACAGGACAGACACCUGGGACAGGACAGACACCUGGGACAGGAGAGACACCUGAAAGGUCCUCCACUGGAAACUAACAGAGAAGAAAAUCCUGGAGGUUCAGAGGAUCAGAGUCGGUCCAAAGAAAACUGUGACUUUGUUCUGGGCAGAACUCCACCGAGUCAGGAGAAACAAACUGCAGCACCUGAGAAGGAGGAGCUACCGGCCCCACAGGUUCUGCAGGUGAGCACGAUGAAGGAAUGUGACUCUGCACUGCCCUCCUCUGAUCUAGAAGGGGAGGGAAUCCGAGAGCCGUGGCCCCCAAAGCUGCAGGACCAGUUCCUUGUUUUCACCAGGAGCCCUGCUGAAACCCGAGGAGGCUCCACAGGGAUCAGAGCCAGCACCGGGGAGGAAGACGAGCACAGUUCRCUUUCUGCAGACAGGUGUGCUGCAGGUGGACCCACACCUGACGCUGCUCUGUGCAGUCCUGAGGGGGCGGGAUCAGUGAGUCAGAGUGCCGGCGGGAACCCGGCAACAUUCCAGCAGGUGAUAGUGGAGUCACCAGCCGCAGAAACCCCAGGUCCUGACAGAGGAGCUGCACAGCUGCAUCCAGCUGAGGAGCACAGCUCCCUGCCUUCUUCAGCUGCAGCUUCAGUCCUUCCAGCUGACACCAUGAGUUCAGCUUACAGCACUCUGAGCACCAAGCUGAGCCUGAAGAGCUCGUCUUUAACCAGUGAAGAAGAAGCCAAACCUCGUUUCCACAAAGUGUCACUGGUGAAAGAGGCCGACAGCAGCCCUGACACUGGAUCAGAGUACUCCGAUUCAGGACCAGAGUACAGGUGGAAGAACAGGUUUGUGGGGGUAACUCAGUAUAAACCAUCUUUCACUUCUUCAGACUCCACUUCCUGCACACAGACCAGCUCCUCCUCUGUUAGCCCCGACAACGGUCUGAGUGACGGGACUGGCUACCUGAUCCAGGACUAUGGAGCAGAUGAGUGGAGGCGGAGCCUGAUGGAGGAGGUGGAGCCAGUUGUUACCGGUGAAGAGGCAGGACAGACAGAGGGAGAGUCAGAUUGGGAGUCUCAGCAGCUCCCUGUGUCUUCCUGGAGCAGCUUUGACGACACCGACUGCUCGGACUUUACGGGACUGUUUAAGGCCACCCUGGUGGAGCUGACCUCUGACCCCGCAGCCCCCACCUCCACUCCCCCGUCUUCCCCUGACGCAGACUCACCCAUCCACAACGACAUGGACAGCCUGGUGGACACUCUGAGAAGCAUGGGGCCGUCCCUGAGGCCAAAGACCGCUGUCCUGCGUCCCCCUCCACCGGUCCUCGUCUCAUCCCUGCCCCCCAUCGUGGAGGAUGCUCCUACUYCUGUCAGUCCCCCUCUCAACAGCAGAACCACAGACUCAGAGGAGUCCCAGAACGGACUGUACACACUGCCAGCUGAGCUGGGCCUGAAGAGGAGCGCCUCCAGAGACACCCGAUCCCCCCUGGACCUGAUGAAGAGGAGCCAGGUACCUCUCUCUCAGCAGGACUUUCCCUCCCCCCUGCUGAACGGAACAGAACCUCCUCCACCCCCCUCCACCGGAUCUCGCCUCGACAGCAGUGUCAUCUUCAGCAGCUACCGCUCCUCUUCCUCAGACCAGACUGUAGAGAACGGGACGACCCAGCAGACCCUGUUCUGCUCUGGCUCGCUGCCAGAGAUCAGACCCUCGACUGAGCCUACCGUUGUCAGACUUAAAGAGCCAGCUGAGAUGGGGGCCGGUCCAGAACCAUCACGGUCCCGCUUAGAGCGCUUGUCCUUCCUCCUAAAUUCUUCUUCCUCAGCCUCACUGAGUGGAACUGAAGAGUCCAGCAGCUCUCGGAUCAGCCGGUCCCCUUCCCUGGGCCUCAGCUCCCCCCCAUCUAUUACAAGCCCAACCCUCCUGCUUAGCCCCACUGGAUCCAUAGACCUGCACCGGCCCUUCUCCAUCUCAGAAACCCCCUUAUCCUCCAUGUUCAGCCAGGGACCCAGGACCCUGCAGAGGAGCCUCAGCUGUGAGGAAGGAUCACACAUGUCCCAGUUCAGCAGCGUGCACACUGGGCCCCAGUUCAGCAGCGUGCACGCUGGGCCCCAGUUCAGCAGCGUGCACGCUGGGCCCCAGUUCAGCAGCGUGCACACUGGGCCCCAGUUCCAGAACCAUCAAGCUGAACCAGACCAGAGCCUGUUGUCCAAAUACAGAGCAUUUCCAGAUGCAUAUCUGACCAAACAGAAGGAGCACGGCAAGAUGAACCCUCGACCUGGAAAGAUGUACAUCUUUGACCGGCCGGGAAUGUGUGGCCAAAGGCUGGAGGUGCAUGGUGAUGUCAUCGAUGCCACGCCCUGGGAGCUGCAGGAGACCAUCUCCAUCAGAGUUCUACGUGGGGG